AUGUCUGGUCCUGGCCAUCCCUUGGCAGCUGCCAUUUGUAGUAACGUCCCUCUCUUUUCUUUGCCCCUCCUCCUCUCUGUCUCCCUGCCUCCUCCUCGCUGCAGGUUCACUUGCUGAAGGAUCAGUUGGCUGCUGAGGCUGCGGCAAGGCUGGAGGCCCAGGCUCGAGUGCACCAGCUCCUGCUGCAGAACAAGGACAUGCUCCAGCACAUCUCUCUGCUGGUCAAGCAAGUGCAGGAGCUGGAGCUGAAGCUGUCAGGACAGAACGCCAUGGGCUCCCAGGACAGCUUGUUGGAGAUCACCUUCCGCUCAGGUGCCCUGCCUGUGCUCUGUGAACCCACCACCCCUAAGCCGGAGGACCUACACUCGCCGCUGCUGGGCGCCGGCUUGGCUGACUUCGCCCACUCAGCGGGCAGCCCCUUAGUUGACCACAGCAUGUUCGAGAAUUUGAACACAGCCCUCACUCCCAAGCUCCAACCCAGCCGUUCCUUCCCCCACCUGUCCAGAUCUGCGGCCCCAAGCUCCGUCACCCCUGGCUCUGCAGAGCCAGGAGGACCAGGACUGAGGGUGGGCAGCAGCCAGCACCUUAAGAACCUGGGCAAAGCCAUGGGGGCCAAGGUCAAUGACCUCCUGAGAAGAAAGGAGUCCUCAAGCCUGGGCAGCGUGGGUGUGAUGGAGAUUAACAAGACUGUCGGGGCCCAGCUGCCUGGUGGGGAGGACGCGGCCUGUGGAGCCUGGCUGGAGGAUGAAAGGUCAGUCCAAGAAGCCUUCCCUCUGCUGGAUCCUCCACCUCCCAUAACCCGGAAGCGAACCCCUCGGGCCCUGAAGACCACCCAGGACAUGCUGAUUUCAUCGCAGCCUGUCCUAAGCAGUCUCGAAUAUGGGACAGAACUGUCACCUGGGCAGGCCCAGGACUCUCCACCCACUGCUCAGCCUGUCUCUGCAGAUACUUCGAGGCCAGAGUCUACCGUUGAAAUGGGAGAUAAGGGAGAGGCUCUGUCCAACGGUGAGGUGCCCCUCUUGGUACCUGACCUAAUACACAAGAACAGCCAGGAGGAAUCCAAGCUAAAGGCAACUGAGUGCAGAAAAGCCUCCUCCCCUGGCCCCAUUGAGAGGAAUGGCCUCAAACUCAGCUUGAGCCCCAUCAGCCUGGCUGAGUCCUGGGAGAACAGCAGCCCGCCUCCACAGGCACGGACCUCCAGUCUCGACCACGAGGGCCUUCACCCGGACCUGCUCUCCUUUGAGUAGUGUGUCUUGUCUUCCCUGCUGAACACGCUCUCCACUUUGUCCUCCACUUUACACAGGUCCUUUGUCCCAACUCUGCCAUGCCCCCAUCUUCCUCGUGGAAGGCACAGCAGAGCCCACUUUCAACCUGAGGUGUUGUGGGACCAGAUGGCCACAAGUAGUCCCCGUUAAGGAGUCUGCAGAAUGGCAAAAGGAUGUGGGUGGCAUCUCUGAUCGAUCCUACUUCUCUGUAAGGUCCUCUGGCUGCUGUUGGAACUCAUCUACCCUCAGGGCCACCGGCCUAGGAGGAUGGAUCCAGCAGGAAUUCUCUUUGCCUGUCUGAUCAGAUGCAUAUGCUAUCUGUUCUUAUACACCCCCGCCCCCACCAAGUCCUGAUUCUGUCCCUUUCUUCCAUAGCGGUCCAAGGACUCCCUGCCUUGAAGGAAAUACAGCUAGAGAGGAAUGGUAGGUUUGGCUUAGUGAUGGGAUCCGGCCUGGAAAGCUACAUCUUGACCACAACCUCAUCAUACUUCCUUUAGCUUCUAGGCCAUGUGGACCCCUAGCUACUGUCUUUCCUCUGUUUCUGGGUUAGGGCCAGAAAAGGUGCUUCCAAGGCCUGGGACCUUGAGGACUUCCUCAAAGGUUGAACCUCAUCACCAGGGUUCCCAGGGUUUUCCCAUCCAGUGAGAUAUACCCCUGCCUCUCUGGGUAGGCACUUCGGACAAUAGUAUGGGCAGUUGUGCUGGGGUUCCUUGCUAUGUGUGUGAAGACAGAGGUAGGCAGGCCCCUGCAGAAGCAGCAGAGAGUGUUCUAACAUUCAAGAGGAGAGCUUGGGAACAUGGAAUGGUCCUGCGAGAGCCAAGGGCGGAGAUCAUAGAGAAGAGUAAAGUGAGGACUGAGAAGGGCGUCACUGAGAAUCAGAGCAGCUUCUCAGGCCACUCCACACCAAGAAUGAGGCAGUGCCGGGGCCUGGGAACAGUAUAUGUGAGAGCCAGGGUGGAGAACGUGAGAGACUGGAAUGUGGUGAGGACUGUGGCGGCAAAGUGGUUGUGGAAGUGAAAGUGCUUCUUUGUGCGUGUGCUGAAGGGUCCUGAGUUCCCUGCAGCAGCAGGCCUGCCUAGAGAUACCCAGGGCCUCUGUCCUUUAUCUGGUGACAGUGAUCCUCCUCUGCUUCUGCUGGCAGGAUCUGUGUAAGGAACUAGCAAGGUUUAUCAACCCUUGACCGGUUCCUGCCUUCCAGGUUAACUUGCUUUGGGUUCUUUUCUCCCUCCAGGGGCCCUAGCAUGCUGUCUUCCUGUGGCCUGGAGACUCUGUAGUGAUCCCAGCCACAAGGGUCUUUGUAGCCAGAAGAGGACAUCCCUAGUCUCAAACACGGAGAUCAGAGCCCCACAAGGAGGCUGGGGAUGGUGCAUCCAGCCAGGGCAGGUCCUGUAGCACUCAUCUGGCUCUUCUUCCUGUGGUCUUUCCUUGGCUGCCUGCUGGGCUUCCCAUCUGGGAGACUGGGACACCCAGGCCUCACUUCCCAGUUCAACAUCACCAGCGUGCUGCCCUCCUCCCAACCAGCAGACAUCUGAGCUAAAUCCUGCAGAACCAGAAUAGGAGGCCUCGGCCAGGAUCCCUGGGAUGAGGUUCCCCUCUCAUAUACUUGCUUAAGCAGCUGUAUGGCUCCAGCCGUCUCUGCCCUCUGACCCUCUUCUCUCACCCUGUCUUCCAUUGCCACAGAGAACAAGGCUUCAUCCCAUGCUCGCUGUGAAGUCCUGUCUCUUCCUCUCAGAUGAGAACCCACACAGCCAGGCAUCUGAAGGCCCCGAUGGAGUACAUAGGACGGUUAACACAUAUGUAGCACAUGUGCCUUGCUCCAAGAACAUCCCAAGGAUGUGACAUCUGACCCUGAAGUCAGAGAAGUCCUUAGGACUAGCAUUUGAGGACCUAUGAAUUCUCCCAGAAUGAUUUGUGAUAUUACCUGAAAUAGAGAGAGUCUAGGCUGUGGGGUGGAAAGCCUAAGCAUACACUAGAGAGCAAGUCCAAUGUAAUCUGAGCUCUCCAAGCCAGAAUCUUGGUUUGCUCCUCUGAUGGGAAGCUUAGCUGGUAGCUUCUCUCUGGGGCUGCCCUUCCCCAGAGACUAAGUGAUAAGGUUGCCUAAGACCGACAGCAUGAGGCUUGGCUUGCUUAAGCACCCAGGAUACUGGUAGAGUCCUGGCCCUCAGGCCCAGGAUUAGCCAAAAGAUCCCACUGUAUUGUCCCAGGACCCCUGAAAAGGAAACUUCUGAGUACUUUAGACUUGUGUUGGAUGUUGAAUUAGGUGUCGUGGAUGCCUACACCAACUCCUAGAAUCUUGGUCAUCUCCCAGCUACAGAAGUGAUGCUGCUACCUCGGGAGGUCCUUUGAGACUGAGCUGUGUCUUAGAUGCUGCAGAUGCUGCCUGGUGCUAGGGGGACCAGCAGGAACAAACCCUCUUGAGGGCUUUGAUUCACAUCAACUCUUCCAUCUAGUGCCCCAACAGGCUCACUGACCAUCCCAGCAGUCUGGACUGUAGCAUGGCAGCCUUCACAAUGAAUCAGGAUCCUCUGGGGCCUUGGUCUUUGGGUAGCUUGAUCUGCAUUGGGGCGGGGGGGGGGGGGGGUCGUCAGGCUAAUGGGGAGGAAUGGAGAAUCUAACUUCUGUGUUUAAGAAGCUGGGGCCUUGGAGCCUUUUUCUCCCCACUUCUUUCCAGCCCCAUUGUACACCCCCAUUCAGCCCAUAGCUUUACCCUGAUAGAUCACAAAGUCUGCUUCCAGAAGCCUGGAAAGAGGGUGUUCCCUCCCCAGUCCCAGCCCACACCUCUCUCUAGAAAUGUAUCUGUGAAUGUUCUGUAUCUGGGAGACGUGAAGACAUGUGUUUUUAUUCCAUCAUCUUUUACAGAACAAGUUUGGUCCCUGUUUGAAAGAACAAGAUUAUAGUUCUAUUCUGAGUAUUUUUUAGAGAGUUCGUAUUUAUAUUUUUAGAGAUGUUUUUUCUUGUAGAAGGAAAUUGCAUAAUAAAAUGAUAAUGUGUUUUGC